AUGAAGACACAGUUCUUGAUAAAAACACAGGAGCUUUAUUUACACUAUGUACAGGAGUGUCAUUACCAAUUAGCUGUGAGCACCAAUAAACGUGAUGGCUACGUUGCAAUAUCUCUGGAUUUAUCAGUACGACCUAAAUUGGCGGUAGGACAGGUAAUAAUGGCCCUAUGCGUGUUAAUUGGACUCUACAUACUAAUUAUUUUUGAUCUGGUACACCGAACUCUGGCAGCAAUGAUUGGCGCAACGGCGGCCAUUUCUUGUUUGGCUUUAGUAGGAGAGCGUCCAUCACUGGAGGAAGUUCUAAGUUGGGUUGAUGUGGAAACUCUGUCUCUACUUUUCGGAAUGAUGAUACUCGUUUCUAUUCUUUGUGAAACAGGAUUCUUCGACUACAUUGCAGUAAUGGCAUAUCGUUGUGCACGGGGUCGGAUUUGGUCUCUUAUAACAGCACUUUGUUUCGCGACGGCUCUUCUAUCAGCGUUUCUUGACAAUGUUACGACAGUUCUAUUGAUGUCUGCUGUUGCCAUCAGGUUAUGUGAAGCUAUGAACAUCGACCCGAAGCAUAUGUUGAUAUCGUUGGUCAUCUUUUCGAACAUAGGGGGCGCUGCUACUCCUAUUGGCGAUCCACCAAAUGUGAUUAUAAUCUCAAACAAAAGAAUUUCUGCAGCAGGUAUAGGUUUUGGAAAUUUUACUUUGCACAUGCUGCCUGCUGCUUUGCUGAGUUUGGUUGGCACUUACGUCAUCCUGAGAUUUGUUUAUAGAGAUGCCUCUGCUUUACGCUUCGCUGACCCACCAGAAGUUGUGGAAGUGAAGCAUGAGAUUGAAGUGUGGAAGAAGGCUUACAACUCGCUUUCAGGAUACUCCAGAGAUGAAGAUACAGUCCGAGCAAUACUAAGGAGAAAGAUCUGCAUUCUCGAGACGUUGCUGAGGAAGAAACUCUACGACUGCAAGAUGUCGGAGGAUGAUUAUCGAGCUAGUCUUAAAGAAUUAAGCAAUACGUUUAAGCUGAAGAAUUCUGCGCUGCUGCUCAAGUCCGGAAUUGCCAUCAGUAUCGUGAUCCUGUUCUUUUUCCUACAGAGCAUACCUCAGCUUAACCUAAGUAUUGGAUGGGUGUCGAUUUUGGGGGCCAUUUGUUUGCUCACGUUGGCUGACUUCAAAGAACUGGAGGGUGUUCUGAGCAGAGUCGAGUGGUCAACAUUGCUUUUCUUCGCAUCUCUUUUCAUUGUAAUGGAAGCACUGUCGCAACUUGAGCUCAUGACGUACAUAGUCAAUAUGACCCAAGAUCUGAUUGUUAGUGUACAGCCUAGCCACCGUUUGCUUGUGGCAAUUGUAUUGGUUAUCUGGAUCUCUGCCCUCUCCUCCAGUCUUAUUGACAACAUUCCAUUUACUACUAUCAUGGUUAAGGUAGUAACUGAUCUUGGUAACAACGAAGAUUUGAAUUUACCUCUUCAACCACUUGUUUAUGCUCUGGCUCUGGGAGCAUGUUUAGGAGGCAAUGGCACAUUAAUUGGAGCUUCUGCCAACGUUGUUACGGCUGGACUUUCUGAACAACAUGGCUAUAGAUUUUCAUUUUGCGAUUUCUUCAAAAUUGGGUUCCCUGUGAUGAUUUUAACAACAACGAUUUCAAUGGCAUAUUUACUCAUAUGUCAUUGCUGGAUUGGUUGGAACGAAUAAGAGACAUGUGUCAACCUUGUGUAGGUUUCAUAUUUUACAUUGAUU